CCCUCUCUCCUCGUUAUAAAAACGAACCUUCCCCUCACCUUCAACAAUCCCCACAAACACUUCUCUCUCUCUCUCUCUCUCUCUCUCUCUCUCUCUGAAAAGUGUUGAAGGCUUGAAGCACAUUGGGUGUUAUUUAAACAUAAGGUAGAUAAGAUGGCGAAAGGAGGGAAGCUGACAAAGCUGAAGUCAGUUCUAAAGAAAUGGAACUCAUUCAGCAGCAUGCUCGGCCGCACCACUAACGGCACCUCCAUAGUGGCCGCCGCAAGCCGCUCUUCCUCUUCCUCCUCCGACUCCUACAACUACGACACAAGAAACAACAACAGCAACAACAUCAUCACAAGAAAAGACCUCCACCCCGUGUACGUGGGGAAGUCACGGCGCCGGUUCCUGGUAAGCUCAGAAGUGGUGGAAAACCCGGUGUUCCGGGAGCUAGUGGAGAAGUCCGGAUCCGGCAAGAACGUGGAGGGAGGAGAGUCGGGCGUAAACCUGGUGGGUUGCGAAGUGGUAAUGUUCGAGCACUUGCUGUGGAUGCUGGAGAAUGGGGAUCCUCAGCCCGAGUCCCUCGACAACUUCGUCGAGUACUACUCUUGCUCCUGAUGAUCAAUUUCGAUCGAUCUAUCCAACGGAGAUCAUCGAGUAAUUUGAUUUCCAUUUUGAAUCACUUGGGCAAAUGAAUAAACUUUUACCUAGUAGUACUUUUAUAGUACAUGUAGUAUUGUAUAAUUGGUAUAUAUACAUGAAGCAGGAAUGCCAGUUUGGGAGGCUAAUUAAUGAAGAUUAGCGGUGUACGUAGAAGAAAUUAAGAAAGAGGAAGUGAGAGAGAGAGAGAGAGAGAGAGAGAGAGAGAGAGAGAGAGAGAGAGAGAGAGAGAGAGGAUAUGCCAGUGAUGGUGUGAGGAGUAAUAUUCCGUUUUACAUCGGCUAAUCGUCUUUUAAUUAUGGAAUUAGCGCCUGAUCAUUAUUGUUGUCAUCUUGUUGGUUCUUUAAUUUCUGUGUAUCUGAAUGUAUAAAUGCUUAAAUUUAUUCACGUUGGUUAAA